AUGGGGGCGGGACAGGCUCUGAACCUCGUGUCACAGGAGGCCCCAGUUGACGAGCUCCAGGUCGCGGAGGAUCCGCGGGACACCGACCUGCACCCCAUCGUCGGCUUCCUGCCCUCGGAGGUACGGGUGGCGGCGGUCCGCGCCCUCUGCGAGGUGGCGGAGCGGGGCGACGAGCGCACCGCAGCCGCCCUUCGCGCCUGCGCCGGCGACCCCAGCGCUGCCGUGAGGAGGGCCGCUCUGAACGCCUGGCCCCAUACGGCAGUGAGGGGGGACUCUCGCGCCAUCGGCGCGGUCGCCGCUGGCUUCCGGGACGCGGACCCCUCGGUUCGCGAGGCGGCGGUGCGGGCGAUCGAGCACGUCGCGGACAGGGGCGACCCCCAAGCCGCGGCGACCCUGACCGCCGCGCUGGCCAGCUGCGCAGGCGACGCCCUGGCGGCCGCCGCGGCCAUGGAG